UAAUAAUCUUACUCAAGAUAAGCUUUCACAUACAAAGUUCUAGCAAUACCUCAAAUCUUUUUGAAAUUCAUCAAUGUCGGUUCUUUCAUCUAGGACAGGACGAGAUCGUCAACGUUACGAUAACAACUUCCGACUCGUUUCUGGAUGCAUUCCGUAUCGUCUGAUCAAAGACAAGGAACUUGAAGAAGACACAAGUGUUGACUUUGUAAACAAGCUUCAAGUUCUCAUGGUUUCAUCUCCUAAUCGUCAUGAUCUUGUCUUCCCAAAGGGAGGAUGGGAAAAUGAUGAGACCGUUCUUGAAGCUGCUUCUCGCGAAGCCAUGGAAGAAGCCGGAGUUAAAGGAAAACUUAGAGAAGUUCCUUUAGGAGUUUGGGAAUUUAGAAGCAAAAGUAGUAUUAGUACCAAUGCGGAGGAUGAAUCUUUUGGUGGAUGCAAAGGCUAUAUGUUUGCAUUAGAGGUAACCGAAGAACUCCAGGAAUGGCCAGAACGUGGGAAUCGCCAAAGAAAAUGGUUGAAUGUUAAAGAAGCAUUAGAGCUGUGUCGGUAUGAGUGGAUGCAGAGAGCACUUGAAGCGUUUUUGAGAGUAAUGCAAGGAGAAGAAGAAGGAAAAUAGAGAACAAAGGAAGAGACAAUGCAAGAUAAUUCUUCAAACUAGAGGAGAAUUGAUGAUGUUCGUUUUAAAUUAAAAUAUGUAUCAGUGUUUUUAAUUUUAGCCUAAAAUAAAACUUAUCUAGAUGACUCAUCCAUGUGAGUUUUAACUGGUGUA